ACCGUUGGCCGCGCCUGGGAAUAUUGUUGGAACAAAUUAGGGCAAACGGGGCACUUAGCAGUCCUUUAACAGUGUAAAACUACAAAAAAAAUUUAGUAUAAGGCUCAAGUUAAUUAUUUUUCUCUACAGAGCGACUCUCCAGAGUAGCGGCCACAAAGCGAACAGGAGCGGUGCUGGAUGAGGACUUCCGUCGGCUCUUGCUGGAAAGUUCUGACAGCUAGCAUCACAACAGAACUCGAGGGCUCCGAGGCUUCAGAGUACCUUGACUACAGCUGAUCUUCAAGGAACAAUCAUAAUUCCAGGAAUUGCCUUGCUUGGCUGUUUCAGCGCUGGCCUAGAGGAAGCCACAUGAUUUUGGACUGGAACUCUGUCAUGCCGGUUGAAAGCCUUGCUAUCUUUGACCCAUCCAUUUUCCCCCUUGCAGACUCCAUUAGACACUCGACUACGACUGGUGAAAAAUGAAAGCUCCCAUUCCUCUUCUGAUCCUGCUUCACGCCGUCGUGGUCCAUUGCCUGAAAGUGGUGUCGAAGAGAGGCUCAGUGGAAGGCUGCACGGAUUGGUCGGUGGACUACCUGAAAUACAAGGUGCUUCUUGGGGAACCUGUACGGAUUAAGUGCGCUUUAUUCUAUGGAUAUAUCCGGGCCAACUACACUCAUGCGCAGGCUGCAGGACUUAGCCUUAUGUGGUACAAAAGUGCGGGACACGGGGACUUUGAGGAACCCAUCAGUUUUGACGGCACACGCAUGAGCAAGGAGGAGGACGCCAUCUGGUUUCGACCGGCAGAGCUGGACGAUGUGGGGUACUAUUCCUGCGUAUUACGGAACUCCACAUACUGCAUGAAGGUUUCCAUGUCCCUAACGGUGGCGGAGAACGACACCGACCUCUGCUACAACUCCAAAAUGAGGUUCUUUGAGAAGGCCGAGCUGAGCAAAAGCAAAGACAUCACCUGCCAGAGCAUUGAGGAUUAUAUACAGCCAGGAGUGGAGCCUGAGAUAGUCUGGUAUAAGGAAUGCAAGCCAAAGCAGUGGAGACAAACCAUCGAACGGAGGAGGGACACUCUGUCCAUCAAGGAAGUACGGGAAGAUGACAUUGGGAAUUACACCUGCGAAUUACAGUUUGGGAACUUUGUGGUGCGGAGGACGACUGAGCUGUCCGUCACAGCUCCCCUGACAGACAAGCCGCCAAAAAUCCUCUUCCCUUCAGAGACCCAAAUGAGCAUCAUGGAGAUGCCAAUAGGUAGUCCAGUCAACCUGACGUGCCGAGCAUUCUUCGGAUACAGCGGAGACGUCAGUCCACUCAUCUACUGGAUGAAGGGGGAGAAGUUCAUCGAGGAUCUGGAUGAGGAGCGGGUGCAGGAGACUGAUAUCAAGACAAUCCGGGAGCACCUUGGGGAGCAGGAGGUUUCCAUCUCUCUGACCAUUGACUCUUUGGAGGAGAGCGACCUUGGCAACUACUCCUGCUAUGCCGAGAACGGCAACGGGCGGCGGCAGGCAAAUAUCCAACUCAACAAGAAAGCCGAGCUGAUGUACACGGUGGAGCUGGCCGGAGGUUUGGGCGCCAUCCUGCUGCUGCUCAUCUGUCUGGUGACUCUCUACAAGUGCUACAGGAUCGAGCUCAUGCUCUUCUACAGGAACCACUUUGGCAGCGAGGAUUUAGAUGGAGAUAACAAGGACUACGACGCCUACCUGUCCUACACCAAAGUGGAUCCGGACCAGUGGAGCCAGGAGACCCGAGAGGAAGAGCGCUUUGCCCUGGAGAUCCUCCCCGACGUGCUCGAGAAGCAUUAUGGGUAUAAACUCUUCAUUCCAGACAGGGACUUGAUCCCCACAGGAAGUUUCACCAAUGAUCAUUUCCAGGAUGACACAAGACUACUUAGAGCCUACAUCGAGGACGUUGCACGAUGUGUGGAUCAGAGCAAGCGCCUCAUCAUCGUAAUGACGCCCAGCUAUGUGGUGAGGAGGGGGUGGAGUAUCUUUGAGUUGGAGACGCGGCUGCGCAACAUGCUGGUGACGGGCGAGAUCAAAGUCAUCCUCAUCGAGUGCGCCGAGCUACGCGGCAUCAUGAACUACCAGGAAGUGGAGGCCCUCAAACACACCAUCAAGAUGCUGACGGUCAUCAAGUGGCGCGGGCCGUCCAGCAACAAGCUCAACUCCAAGUUCUGGAAGCAGCUGCUCUACGAGAUGCCCUUCAAGCGCAUGGAGCCCCUCAGCAUCUCCCAUGAGCAGGUGCUGGACGUCAGCGAGCAGGGCCCCUUCGGCGAGCUGCAGACCGUCUCGGCCAUCUCCAUGGCGGCGGCCACCUCCACCGCCAUGGCGACGGCACACCCGGACUUACGCUCCACCUUCCACAACUCUUGCCACACCCAGAUGAGGCAGAAACACUAUUACCGUAGCUACGACUACGACAUGCCGCCUGGCGGCACUCUCCCGCCGCUGUCCUCCUUAGGCAACCAGCACACCUACUGCAACAUCCCCAUGACGCUCAUCAACGGACAGCGGCCGCAGUCCAAGUCGCCGCGGCAGCAGAGCCUGGAGGAGGCCCACGGGAACAACGCUAUGCUGCCACUGCUGCCCAGAGAGACCAGUAUAUCCAGCGUGAUCUGGUGACAGAGGCGUGCAGGGUAGACUCUGGAGCUUAAAGAUGUCCGUCACAGGGAGGACUCGCCACUGGCGGAGCUGAAGGGCACUCAAGUUACUCGCUGCUGUUGAAUUUGCACCAGGAAACACCCCCGGGGACGGGACGGGAGGGGAGGGACGCGGGCGGCAGGCACACUGGACACAUCGGUGGCAAAUAUUUUGUUUAGUUUCGGUCCAAUAAGAGCUUUUAUUCAAACUGAACAAAAAAAGAAACAAGGAGAACUCUUUUAUAUGCCUGUAUAAACUCACGUAACACAAGCCAACACCGACGACAAUUUACCCAGAGAGUCAAGGAAUACAGGGUCCUGUACAUACGGUUUUCUAAUUCUUUGUAGCAUCAGUGUUUGGGACUUGUUUAUGUUUUAACAUCAGUUUGGACUUUUGGUUUCUUUUCUUUCCGUUUGUACAAAAAGUGAAGCAAUGGCCUGUGAGAUGUUUUGGAUAAACCGUUGUUACCUUUAUCUUUCUUUGUGGGCUGGUGUAGUUUUUUCACAGGGAGGGGAGAAGAUCCAGCCUUCAGAAGACGACUGAGUCCGUCCCAGGAGUUUCAGCUCCGGCCGGCUACUGUAAAGGGUUGAGAAUCUGGACUCAACCAGAUUAUGCAAAACAAGGAGUCCGGAGAGCGGGAGAAGAUUGAUUUCCAAAAUCGGGAAAGUGAAAUCUGCAAAGAGGGGUAUGAAGAAUAUGGUGCUAGGCUUCACAUCUCUCUGUUUCUCACAUGAUAACAUAAAAACAGCCUUGCUAUUUACCUUAACAGAUGAAUAUAUCACCGAAAAAUUAAUUAUGUGUAUUAUUUUAUGAAAAAAGAAGAGUCUAUUUUUGUAACGGAGGGAUAUUUGCUUAGAGACGUUAUAACUAUAAAGUUUCUGAUAGAGGGGGUUGACAUUACGUAAUAAAAAAUACUGUUUUGUUAUGUGGAACUGCACAGCUCACAGAAAUCGAUAGGUCAUUCACUAAAUGUCUUACCCUUAUAUUGCAAGAUUAAAAGAUGUUUGUGUUUCAUCAUGAUUUAAAAAAAGCAGUUUUGACAUUUCAAACACCACACGGGUCGCGGCUCAGAGGGCUUUCCAUGUUUCCUUGAUUUAACUGUUGAUUUAGCAGCGGCGCUAUCGAUGAUGUCAGGAGGCUGUGAAGCAUUUACUGUACCUGGACCAAACGAGGCCGUCCAAUGACGGUCGCUGUUUGUUUCGCAUCCCUCUCGUCAACACGCUCACGCGUUAAUGAAGCGGGAUGUCUGAUGAGGAUGUUCAGCCUGAUAGGUCUCGCUGCAGAGCCGUCAAAUCGUCAGCGUGGUAGGUGGCUUCAAAAUAAUACGGCUGAGGUAGCCCUGCAACCCCAGCUCUGUAAAACACAUCUGUUUUAACCUACAAGGACCCGCAGGAACAGGUGUCACAUGACCUUUAGAUGUCCUGUUAACAACUACAGCUUUGUCUUGAUUUGAACUCGUAAGUGAAACACGCCAAACAUUCUGAUGGAGUCAUGUGACUGGCAAGGCCACUCAUUAGGGGGAAUAAAGGGGUCAGACAACCUGGGGCCCCAUGAAGUUUAUCUGUGAUAACCAUAAUUUAUAUUUCCUAGAUGUACAGUACUGUGCAGAAGUUUUAGGCAUGUUCGGGCUGAAAUUUGAGGCUGAAGUAAGGCGUGUAAUGGAGAGCACACCCA